UUACUCACUCACCGAUUCUCGUUUGCGAUAUAUACAUGCAACGAUUCCUCAUCUCCAUCAAAACAAAGUGCCAUAAUCCUGCUAGACUCGUGCUACUACAAGAGGGCGCGCAGAAAAUCGAUCCACGAGCCCAGCUAACGAUUUCAUUCCGGCAAACUCGUCAGCAGCGGGUUUCGUUUCGUUUUUUUGUUUCGUUUCACGGCGGCACUUUUGUCUACUUCUACCCCGCAGUUCGGACUUGGCACCUUGGAGAAUAUCAUAAGAGAGGCAAGCGAAAGGAGAAAAAAAGGAGAGAGGCAAUAUCUGGCAAUAACGUGUGAAAAAAGAAAAAAAAAAUAGAUUGGGCUUGAUCACAAUGGGAG